AGACCACAGUUUUUACUCUUAGAGUGCCUUAGGCUAAGACGAUAGAUAAUCUGCGUUUGUGAAUGUGCCUAUUGAAUAAUAAACAUUUCUUGAUUUCGUUAUUUCUGACGGUGACUCCUAUUUAUCAUUAAUUCUACGCCUGUAAAUAUGGAUUCAUUACGUGAACAAGUAAUGAUAAAUCAAUUUGUGUUAGCUGCUGGUUGUGCUCGGGAACAAGCUAAACAAUUACUGCAAGCAGCUCAUUGGCAGUUUGAGACUGCACUUUCAAUAUUCUUCCAAGAAGUUGCUAUACCAUCUGCAAAUGGUAUUGCAACACAGCAUUAUCCGCAGCAAUUGAUGACCCCAUGCAACACACCGGCAACUCCACCAAAUUUCCCAGAUGCUUUAGCAGCUUUUUCACGGUUAUCAACUACUGGAAGCCCCAGCAACACAGGUGGCGGCAGCAUCAGCGGCCUGGCACCGCCUGUCUCGCCCCUCGCCACACACCCUCCAGCACAACCUAACACAUUCUCCACUGCAAAUCAGCAGACUAAUAAUUAUACACCGCUUUCUUGCUCAACUGCGGUGUGCAGAGAACACAUGCCAAGAUAAAUUGUAAAUGUAGAUUAGGACCAUCUGUAAUUUAUUUUUCUAAUGGUGCGCGAUUCGAGCUGUGGACUUUUGAACAUUAUUUCUGACACCCAUAGUACAGAUUGGGAUGUUAUAGUCAAUCAUGUUGUAAACAUAAAUAUUGUCACUGUUCAUACUAUAAUAAAUAGUGGUUUCUGAAACAAAUUGCACUAUAUAACUUGUGUUACAAUUUUCAUACAUUAGAAAUCUAUAACUGUGAUUAUAACUAUCAAAUUAGUAAAACUUAUUGAUGUAUUAUUAAAAGAAAUUGUUAUUUUUCG